UUAGUGAAAUCUAGUUACAUCUGGGUAAAUACAUGAAACAUGUUGGUAACCGUUAAACGACAACAAUUAAGUUUAGGAAUAGAAGGUUGGACAACCUUAUCGUCGAUCGUAGGUGGAGGUGGUUGGAAGUGUAUAAUUUUAUCUGUGUAAUAUUGUUGGAAGUUUAUAUAUUAUCAACCAAAUUUCUCAAAAUCAAAAUGUUUAUAAAACCAUUUAAAGUAAAGUCCAACAAUCAAUUAAAAAGAACUGAAAGGAAAAAAUUAUGUGACGAAAUUUUGACUGCAUAUCCAAGUCUAACAGAAGAAGAUACAGAAUCUUUAAUUCCUAAGAAAGAAGCAACAAGCAUUAUGAAAAUUGUAACUCAUAGUGGGCACUCUGGAAAAGUAUAUUGUGUCGCUAAAGUACCCAUGUUUUUUCAAAUGGAUUCUAUGAAUGACAUGUUAUUGCCAACCAUAUAUACUUUAUGGUGUCAUCCAAAUUUGUUAACAGUUUUUACAACACAUUCCGCAGUUAUACCAAAAUUAUCAGGAGGUGCAGAUUUAAUGUUACCUGGACUGAUUGUUAAAGAACCUGUAACAUUAUAUACCUUUGGAAAAUUGAAAAAAGGCACACCUGUGUCAGUGAAUACAAAAGAUAACAAGGCAUCAAUUGCUGUUGGUAUUACAGCACUUUCAAGUGAAGAUAUGUACAUGUCAGCAGGUCAUGGGAAAUGUGUAGAAAUUUUACACGUGAUAGGAGAUACACUUUGUCAGUUGGGAAAGCCACCUUCAAGACCAAAUUUAGGAGUCGUAAAUAUUGAUGAAGAUAAUGAUGAAUUGGAGGAUACAAGUGAAAUUAAUGAGCAAGCUAAUGAUAGUAAUGAUGAAUUCCUUGUUGAUACAAUAAAUGAUUUGGAGAUCAAUGAUGACAGGGUAUCAGAAAGUGAAGACCCUUGUGAGGAUACCACAGAGGAAACUAAAAUGGAAGCCUCUGAAGAGCUAGAGAAUGUAACUGCUGGUCAGUCAGAAAUAGUUUUGGACCCAGUAAAGGAAAUGGAUAAUUUAUUAGAGUAUUGCUUUUUAAAAGCUUGCAAAACAUCUAUAAAAUCUAGUGACUUACCAAUGUUAACCUCCAAUUUCUUUAAAAAUCAUUUAAUAGCAGCUUGUCCACACGAUAAAAAUGUUGAUAUAAAAAAGUCUCGAUAUAAAAAGUUAUCCGCAUUUCUAUCAGAAAUGAAGGCAAAAGGAGUUAUAGAUACUUCUGUUACAAAAGGGGUUGAAAGUAUAUUAUCAAUCAAGUUUGAUCAUCCCCUUUUGAGGGAACUAGUCAUUUUAGAAGAACGUAAAACGAUCGACCCAGUUGUUUCAAAUACAGCAGUUGUCUCCGAAUGUUACAAAGUAACAGCUGCCGUUUUACCAGUAUUGUCUAAGUUUGGAUACGAAAAAGGGGACGUAAUGAAAAGAGCUGAGAUCAGAAAAUGUUUUACUGAUUACGUGAAAGCGGAAAAUCUUCAAGAUGGAAAGACGUUGAAGUUAAAUCCGCAACUCGCAGAUAUUAUGAAAACCGGAGUAAAUCAGGAAACCAUAACAAUGGAGAAUGGGAUAAAUAAAUUUAUUGGACGUAUGACACACAUGCACGAAGUCACUUUAGCAGGGAACAAGUUAUUACACACGGGCAAAUUGGAACCUAUUGACAUGAGAGUUACUGUUCGAUCUGGUGGUAAAAAGGUAACGUUAAUAAAUAACUUGGAAACGUUUGGAAUAAACUCUAAAGAGUUCAGUAAAGAAUGUCAAAAUAUUGGAGCUAGUGCAACGAUUACGGACGAACCCGGAAAGAAAACUCCCAGCGUUCUUGUCCAAGGGAACCAGAUUUUAUAUGUUUAUAAAUUACUAACAGAAAAGUACCAGAUUAAAAAGACCUAUAUAAGGGGAUUGGAAUUCGCUCCAAAGAAGCAAGGUUCACACAAGAAAUAAAAUGUAUAUUAGAAGAACUAUUGUUAAACAAUCAAGCUUUGCAUCGCUAUGAAAUAAAGACUGUAAUAAGAAUAUACAGCCGUUACUGUGUCUCAACAAAAUUUUUUUAAUAACCGUUUUAUCAAUUGUUAGAAUGUGUUUAAACUAAACAAGUGAAUGCUCAUUCUACAUGAACAAAUACUCUAAUAAAACAAUUCGAAGCGAUCUAAUUUGAUGUAGUUCAGUCUACUAUUUUAUUCGUCUAGUUUAAACGCACUUUUAAAUUGCAGACAAAAAAUACAAAAAAAUAAGUAUGACUGUACUUUAGUUCUUGAAUAAAUGAUUCCAAAUAAUA